AGAGCGAGGUGGGUCGCGGAGAGAAAGGGGGGGGGGGGUGGUGGGGAAGGGCAGCGGUGUCGUCAAACCAAGAAACAUUUAUCAGAGCCUUUUCCUGACAAGCAGAGUCACACGGGCACUGGCAGUGACGGAAUGGUGGCGGGGAGUGGGGGGGUGGUGGUGGUGGUGGUGGUCGUGGGGAGGGUGUUCCUACUGUGGCAAAAAUCCAAAACGACUUCCCGACAGCAGCGGAGGACGCGGCCGCCCUGGCGUGAGCGCCGGCACGCGAGGUGUGACGAUCGUGCGCGGCCCUGCGGGACUAGCUGACUCGCCGGCGUCUGCGCACGAGGGUUCCGCCUGCAUCGAGUGGCGUCGUUCUGGGCACCGGGGGGUACACUCCGGGCUGAUUCCGCGUGCUGUCGCCCGGUUCGAGUGACGGCCCAGGACCCCGGAGUGAUUGAGCGGCUGGGAGCCUGCGCACCCCAGCAAGGGUCGGAGGUCGCAGAGAGCGGCUUGGAGUCAACGGGGGAUCCCCUUCGCAGCGAGCGAGCACCGUCGAGGAGGGGGACAGGAGCUCACGACCCGCCGUCUUACAGGGGUCAGGCGACCCGGGCUCCAACGCAGCACGGGCAGCUCCAUCGCUUUGCCCAGCGGCCCCAGACGCCGACGCCGCCGCCUCCGCCACCUCCCAGCUGACUGACGGAGCAACUGGGUCGCGUCCGCAGGGCAAGAGGGCUGGGGGAGGUCGACUUGGGACUGCGAUGAGAAAUGGAAUGAAAUGCCCUGGCAAAUGAACUGACGCGUGCGGGGGAAGUGGUGCAGCAAGCGGAACCUUAAGCAAUAGAGGAUUCGCUCGCUUCUUGCCUGCAUAAUCGAUAGAGCUUGUGCAAAGAUAAACACGAUUCCCCCCCUUCGGCUUGGCAACUCAAACGAACAAGCGUGGGAUUUCUCGGAGCCGGGAUGUGCAGACGGAGUUGAUCGCAUUUGGAAAGUGCACCCUCAGCAGAGCUGUUGCGGGAAACUGUGGAUUUAUUCCGAAGUUGGAGACCUCGGGCAUGGCCAGCGCUGGAGGAGUUGGCGCCAAGGGCACCGUCGGCGGAGGCUCGUGCUCCAGCCCCGGCGCCGGCGGUCCCCUCUGCGGCUACCCAGUCCCCGUGCCGUACCCCUUCCUGUUCCCCGGCGCCGGCUCUGGUUUCCCGGGAAACUUCGCGCCGCCGCUCAACGGGCACCACUACCACCACCACCACCAGCAGCAGCAGCAACAGCAGCAGCAGGCCCACCACAGGGCGCCGUCGCAUCCGCAGCACCCGGCGGCAGCAGCGGCACUGCCCCCGCCACUACCGCUGGGCUACAGCACCACCUCCUCCUCGCCCAGCACCAUCGAUACGCAGAGCAGCAGCAGCGGCUCGGAGGAGCUACUGCCCAGCCCCCCCUCGCCGCCUCCGCCCCCACGCACCUACAAGCCAUGCUUCGUGUGCCAGGACAAGUCCUCCGGCUACCACUACGGAGUGAGCUCUUGCGAGGGAUGCAAGGGUUUUUUUCGCAGAAGCAUCCAAAAAAACAUGGUGUACACUUGCCACCGGGACAAGAGCUGCAUAAUAAACAAAAGCACGCGCAACCGUUGCCAGUACUGCCGCCUGCAGAAGUGUUUCGAAGUCGGCAUGUCAAAGGAGGCAGUGAGGAACGACCGCAACAAAAAACGCAAGGAGGUGGUGGCGCGUAGCCCGGAGAGCGUCCCCCGCAGCUACGAGCUGAGCCCCGAGCAGGAGCAGAUGGUCGACAAGAUCCGCUGUGCCCACCAGGAGACCUUCCCGUCACUGUGUCAGCUCGGCAAGUACACGACGAACUCGUGCGCCGACCACCGCGUGCAGCUGGAUCUGGGCCUGUGGGACAAGUUCAGCGAGCUCUCCACCAAGUGCAUCGUCAAGAUCGUGGAGUUCGCCAAGCGUAUGCCGGGCUUCCCCAGCCUCACCAUCGCCGACCAGAUCACGCUACUCAAGGCCGCCUGCCUCGACAUUCUGAUCCUGCGCAUCUGUUCGCGCUACACGCCCGAGCAGGACACGAUGACAUUCUCGGAUGGGCUGACGCUCAACCGCACGCAGAUGCACAACUGCGGGUUCGGGCCGCUCACCGACCUGGUGUUCGCAUUUGCGAGCCAGCUGCUGCCCCUGGAGAUGGACGACACGGAGGCCGGGCUGCUCAGUGCCAUCUGCCUCAUCUGUGGAGACCGGCAGGACCUCGAAGAGCCACAGAAGGUAGAGCGGCUGCAGGAGCCGCUGCUCGAGGCCCUCAAGUUGUAUGUGCGGCGGCGCCGGCCCAGCAAGCCCCACAUGUUCCCCAAGAUCCUCAUGAAGAUCACCGAUCUCCGCGGAAUCAGCGCCAAAGGAUCUGAGCGGGUCAUCACUCUCAAGAUGGAGAUACCUGGCUCCAUGCCGCCGCUCAUCCAGGAGAUGCUGGAGAACUCACUCGAGGGACAGGAGGAUCCCCCUGCCGAGACAGAGGAACCCACGAAGGCCAACGGCGGCCCAGGCAGCAGCGUAGGUGGCGAUGCGGGCGACAACGCAGCGGUAGCGGCUGUAGCACCAGCCGCAGCGACGGUGGGCGGCGGAGCCAAGCCCUGUGGCGGAGACGCACCGGUGGUGAACGGCCAGGGAUCCUCGGGGACGCUGGAAGCUGCGGCCUGCAUGGCCGUGCCCAUCGCUCAGAUGCAACUCGCCGAUCCGUUCUGAGGCCGCUGUGUGCCGCAUGCCGCUGGGCUGCAGGAUUGUUCCACUUCUGAGAAGUCGGGUCAAGAAGAUUUUAUGGCUGAACUGAGUUAAAAAAGAAAAAUGAAUAUGUAUAUAGUGUUGAAUAUUUUACUUUACACGACAGUAUUGUACAUACAGGGAGGUAUACAUGACGAUGAAGAAGGAACACCAGUGCAAUCAAGACAAACACUACAAAACCUUACUGAACAUGUCGAAGAAAAAAAAUACGUACCAAAUUUUUACAGCUCGCACUAAUAUAUAUGCAUAAAAAAUGUAUACAACGACUGCUGCUACAUUGCAUCGAUACCAUUUUACUGCUUCACCAAUCCUGCGCAGUGGAUGACAAGUUUUAAAUAAAAAAUGAGACUAUCUUUUCACGUGCCACCGAAAGGAAAAUAAAAUCUCGACAUUUGGCCUACUGGUCUACUUCAGAAAGACACUACAUGCAAAUCAAACAUAAUUAAUUUGUUUUCUUGAUAAACAAGAAAGCGACGCGUCCAUGUUUCUGCUAAGUGGAUUACACUUAAUUUGAUUGAACUAAUGUAUGUAAGCACAGGGUAGGGUCAUUUGUGGGAAGGCGUUUACAGAGGGUUGAACUUUCAAACGCUAUGAAAUAACAAAAUCUAAUUUCUAAGCCUUUAGGAAUAAAAUAUAUGAAAUCAAUACUACAAGUGGAUUUUAGCUUGUUUGAGAGAUUUGUAAAAUGCCACUAAAAACACUGUAUAGCUUCUUUUAAAGAAAUAUAAACACAAAUUUCAGUAUUCAUUUACGCCCUGCUAUAAUGUGUAUUACGUCUGUUUCUUUUUAUUUUUUUUACAUAUUUCAAAAGCUGUAUUAUAUUCAUGGCAGAAUAGAGUUCUUCACCCCACCCCUGAAUUAUCUUUUAAUAAAAUGAAAGAUGUACACACGCAUGGGUUGGAUACAUCUUCCGUGCAAUCAUCACUCAAGUUGAAAAUGGCAAAAUUCAGCAGUACGAUACGGAAAGUGCUUACUGUGUUCAUUAUACAAGUCGGCAUGAGCUCACGAUAGCCUUCUUUCACUUAAUGUUACUGAAAUACAAAUGCCUAUGAAUUAACGUUUACUUACUGCAAUAUCUCAUAGAAGCAUAUUUUAUUUUUUCAUUCGCAUAUUUAUCAUUAAUGUCAUCUAAAUAUAAAUCAUUAGCAUUUGCAGAUGCCUUUAAAUGUACUCCGCUACUUUUCGUGGUGACAUACAAAUGCAGUUGUUUUGUAUCAAAUCAACGUCUAUUUUUCAUACUGUGAGAAUACAGUAAAUGAGUGUGUUUGUGUUAACGGAGCUUGUAUAUUGCCUGUACUGUUUGUAAAACACGAAGGCAUGGCCUGAAGCACACAAGUUAGAACCCUCAAGGGAUUCGGUGCAAGUUCAGUAGACGAAGCAUUCAUAACGCUUUUCACGCAAAACGUGUGACUCAUUCCAUUAACACGUCACCGUGCAUUUAACAGAGUAGAGAAAGGAAAGCCAGUGGUCCUAUUAUACAUUUUCUCCUGUGACAUCAAAAGGAAACGUGUGGCAAAGAAAGUUAAACUGAAGCUAAAUUGUUCAUAACUUGUUAGCUACAAUUGUUUUUUCUUCAAAAUAUGGUUGUGCAAGGAGUCUGACAAGUCAAUGGCAUCGAAUUUGCACGCACAAUGAAAACCCAAAGUGUUUUGUCUGUGUUUUUUAAUCUGGUUACGUACACUUUGCUGUAACCCAUGUUCAAGAGCACUGAUAAAUUAUUUGUCAAUGCCCAGACUGCAACCCAUGUUUAAAUAAACCAAGUUUUUACCGCUCUUUUUGUGCAUCUGUAAAAUUCAACUUGGAAUAGUGAAUAAAAUUAUUGUGUGCUAUAUAUUUUUGGAUUUC